CUCUUUCUUGGGACAAGAAACCGUUCCCUCUUUCCACAAAAGAAAAAAAAAAACCCUAAAUGCAGAAAAUGAAAAAGAAAAAGAAAAAACUCCUUAAAUGCAGAAGACGUGUGAAAGGGUGAAAGCCAAGCCCCAUUGAAUGCCCACUUUUAUGUAUAGGAAGCGGUGUCCUUUGUCUACGCAGGUCAUUCAUUUGUACAGCCUCGAGCUUUGACCAUUUGGCAGGCCGAGCAAAUACAAAGGAGUUAAGAAGAGACAGGAACGUACAAGUUUAGUUUCUGCGUGUCAGUGUGUGUAUUUAAGUAGUGGAAGUUUAUUGUUGAGGCUUUGUGUGGGUGUGAGACUUGCCUUGCCUCUUGCUCUCUACUCUGUACUAUCUUUUUCUUCUUCUCUUUCGAGUGUGGAUCUUGGGAAGGAUGAGUUAUUUGGGCGUGGGUGUUAGUCCCGGGAAUGUUCCAGUGUAUCAUGCCACAAAUGUGAAGCUAGUGGAUAGGAGCGUGCGGGUGGCAGAGCUGGUGUUGAGGUGUGUGAUUUGUGCUUUAGGAGUUCUUGCAGCUGUUCUUGUGGGGACUGACACCCAGGUCAAAGAGAUCUUCUCAGUUCAGAAGAAAGCUCGAUUUACAGACAUGAAAGCUCUUGUGUUUUUGGUGGUAGCCAAUGGGAUAGCUGCUGCCUACUCUUUGCUGCAGGUGCUGCGAUGUGUUGUGAGCAUGGUUAGAGGAAAUUUGCUUUUCAGCAAGCCCUUAGCCUGGGCCAUCUUCUCUGGUGAUCAGGUAAUGGCAUAUGUGACCCUGGCCGCAGUGGCUGCCGCGGCACAAUCAGCGGUGUUUGCAAAGUUGGGGCAGCCAGAAGUGCAGUGGAUGAAGAUAUGCAAUAUGUAUGGGAAGUUCUGUAACCAAGUUGGAGAGGGAAUAGCGAGUGCAGUAUUUGUUAGCCUUAGCAUGGUGGUACUGUCUUGCAUGUCUGCUUUCAGUCUCUUCCGCCUGUAUGGUGGGAACAAAGCCAAGAGCUGCGCAAGGUGGUAGGCGUUUUAAGACCUCUCUGUUGUAACUAAUUGACCGACCUCUCUGCUCUCUGCACUCUGCCCUCGGCUCUUGAGCUCAUGGGUUUUGUAAUUUCUAAGUGUUCUAUGUAUGAUGAUGAUUAAAAAGUGAGCCUUGUGAUA